ACAAGAGGAUCAGGACCAAUUGUAUCGUUUCCUCGAAAAGGUUCUGCUAGCUGUUAAUCAAAGUCGAUGAAUUCGAAAAUCCAGUGAUGUCAGGCGGGGAGAUUUACGCGAUGGACGCGGGAGACGCCGUUAAUUCCGAGGAAUUAAAGGAGACUCUUAAGACAUACAAAAAGCUGGCCGACGAUUUUGCGAACCACGACACAAUACUGAAAGACAAAACGGUUCUCUCGUACAUUGCAUACGUUUUGGAAGUCCCCGAUGCCGAAGUAGUAUCGCUGGCGAUAGACAUACUCGAGACGUUUGUAAAGAACGUUGAGAAUUACAUUCACGUGACCUCCACCUUUGGAGUCCGAGAGGCUUUAGAUUCAGUUAUCGAUAAGUACUCGUUAGAGGACCCUAAAUUAGCUAAACAUGCCCAGCGGGUUAGAGACGACAUCGAACGCAUGAAACCUCCGAUAUACAAUCUACGCAGCCGUUGCAGGAGAGUUAUCGAGCCGAAGAAGCUAAAGACUCACGUUAUAGUCCUGCAUGUUCACGGUCUACUUCCCGAAACCAGGGCGGAGUUGGAAGACACUUUAAUCAGGGUAGAAGGAUUAGUUUCCCUCGUCGUCGACGUGGAACACCAGAGAGUCACUAUGAGAACGUUGAUCAACGUCACAGCAAAGCAAAUAGCGGAUGCCAUUGAGAAACACACCACUAAUAUGGAAGCUAGAUUAGUGACGAAGAACAAAUUCAAUCAAGAAUUUUUAGUUAAACUGACACACACCGACAAUGGUGAGUGCGAGGAAAUGCCAGAAUAUUUGCCAGAGGACGACGAGCCGGAAGAGGAGAAAGAAGGAGUCGUGUCUCUUUUCACCGGCCUGAGGCAAAGCGCGUCUACGCUUUACAAAUCCACCACAGAGUUUCUACAUAAUUCGUUCUACUGGUGAAUCGGUUUUCACUUGUAGAACGGCUGUAUAUUAAUUUAUUAUUUUGUAUCGACGAACUACGCAUUUGAAACCGUCCUAACGGUUCUCUGAUUUCUCAUCGCAUACCAGUGGUAAGUACAGCGACUUUCGGAGAGAGUAGUUAAUUUUAAAUCCUUCCGUGAGACCGUAAAGCAGUUCCAAGGUAAAUGUUAAUUGGUUAAUUAUUUUCUGAUCUAUCAGAAACCAUUUGACUUAUUUCUCCUCGCUUCUAACAAUUGUACAAAGAUAGAGACCAGCACUGUUUCAUGAAUGGUGAUAUUUUUAAUUUCAAUCAUGGUUUGACCAGAGAAACAUAACCUAAUGGAGAAUUGAACAAUUAGGGUAUUUCUUAGCAACGGAUAUUUAAAAUUGUAUAUAGGUUAUGUGAUUCAACCGAUACGUCUUGCUUAUGAUCAGGAGAGAAUAACAAGAAUAAUCUGUGGUGUGUAAAUUCUUUGGUGUUCGUCGAGUCUCUCUACGUUGAUUUUUAUAGAGAAAGGGAUAAUAACCUAAAAGUAUAACCGAAACGAACCAUGAUCUCUAAAGAUCUGCCUUUAAAGAGUUACAUAGACUUAACGAUGUCUACGAUCUACAAAUAAUUCCCCCCUGUGUUUAAAUUAUAUAUUCCGGUUACCUUUUCUGCGAAGAGUAGCUUUUUGUAAUAAAUCUAUGAAAUUUUCCAAAUCUCUGGAGCCCCUUCGUCUCGUCUUACAAGUCGACUCGAUACUUUCCACAAUUUAGCCACAUCGUUGCAUUUCCCCCUCGGAGUGAAAUCGUGUAAAUACUAUUCGCAUCGAUUGGAAUCCCUUUCACUAGUCCAAUCGAAGGAAACUAAAACUCAAAAUGAAGUAGAAUAACUUUUCCAACGCAUCGUUACACCAUCGAGGAAUUCCUAGACUCAUUAAAACUAAGAUUGCAUUAAAGUGACGACGGAGUAGAAUUUAGUCGAUAAGGAUUUUCUCAGCAGAUUUCGAAUCUUUCUCCUCCCAUUUCUAUCGUAAUUUAAUUUACCAGACAUGUCGAAAAUCCCCAUCGUACUCAUAAAUUUAUGGGGCUGCGCAAAGAAGUCCUCCCAUAUAUUCCCUACGUUAAGUUUUUACCCAACGACAAAAGACACCGAGACCUCAACUUGUAUUAUAUAACAUUGUAAAAUACGCGGAGAAAUAUAUACGUAGAGAUGUUCUAUGUAGAGAGCGCAGUGAUUAUUGCAAUUUUAUUCGCAAUUAGUACUGCCAGAAUAAUUAUUAAUUAUAAUCCAUUGAUUAAAGAUGGAUUAAUUAGACCGAUCGACAGAGGGUCUGAAAGUUGUAACAAAUUGGAAUAUAUUUUUAAUCCUCAGGGAAAAGAACAGCGAUCUGAUUAUCUCUCUAGCUACCGAUCAACUAAUUAAUUAAUUAUUAACUUUUAAUUAACAAAUGGGCUUCGGUAAAGAAAAGAUGUAUAUGUAUAUUGUAUCGUUCUCUAAUUCUAUAAUUAAGAAAUUACAGAGAACCAGUCAGUUUAUUUAUUUAUCUUUAGCUGCCAUUUGAGAGGAACGACUUCUUCUUUUUUUUCUUAUUUUUUUUUUCUGUAACUAGAGGCAUUAAUUACGCCGGAUACAUUACGUACGAUUACAACUAUACAGUAAACACGGGUCUCCUAAAUUAAUUUAUUAUCCUUCCGGCGGGCCGGAAUUGUUAACAACAUUCGCCCUAUACCUAGUACUCUCCCUUGGCUUCGUAUUGUCUAUAUUUACACUUGUAGAAUAAUUGUUAAUUGUCGUUAAGGCAAUUUCAGUUUCCAAGCAGGUACAAUAGAUUAAUACUAAUCUAUUCUUCUCCGGAUCUAAUUAAUUUUCAGUAAUUUUCAGUAAUUUUCCCUCCGUCAUUCACUUCUAAUUGGCAUUGACAACAAAUUUUCCCGUCCAUUUGUAUAAUUGUUAGCAACUAUAGUGCUAGGUCGCUUUAACGAAUUAAUUAUUAAUUUUCAGUAAUUUUCCCUCCGUCAUUCACUAAUCAUAAUCAUUAAUUUUCAGUAAUUUUCCCUCCGUCAUUCACUUCUAAUUGGCAUUGACAACAAAUUUUCCCGUCCAUUUGUAUAAUUGUUAGCAACUAUAGUGCUAGGUCGCUUUAUCGAAUUAAUUUGUACAGAGGAUUUAUCUUUCUCUCCUCCGAAGGGAGGGGGAUAAGAUUGGAAAUAAAGCCCGAUACAAUACAAUACAUCGUAUAACGAAUUACAUUGCACGAUUAGGUAUAGUCAAUUGUAUGAAAAAAGUUUGUAUACAAACUCUUUGUCGUCGCUAUCAUUGUUACGAGUCUAUCAUCCGCGCAAAUUGUUUUUUUUCCCCCCAACUAUUUUCGCUUUUUGUACAUUGUUUGCUUGUAUAGUUAGUUAACUGUUCACUGACGUUGGUUUUCUUGUAUAUCGUUUUCUUGUACAUUCAACUAUUCAGUUGAUUGUUGCUAGUAAAUUAUGCGCGCUCUGAGAAUCUAGGAAAAUUGUUUUUUUUUCUGUACAACUAUUUUCGUUUUCUUGUACAUUGUUUGCUUGCACAGUCAACUAUUCAACGCCUGAGGUUAGUUUUCUUGUACAUUCAACUAUUUAAUUAAUUUUGUUGCUAGUAAUUUAUAUGAGCUCUGAAAAUCUCUGCAAUUUGUUUUUCCCCGCCCAACUAUUUUCCAUUUUCUUGUACAUUGUUUGCUUGUACAUUAAACUACUCAGUGCCUGACUUCAGUAUAAAUAUCUGUAAAUAACAUACACGAUUAUGCGCGCUUAAUUCCUAAUUAAGUUGCCUUAUUCAACCUGACUUAUCGAAUAUUAAUUAUAUAAAUAAACAUUUCCGACAAAUUGAGUAAACAUUGCACGGCCAACUAUACCCCUCGCGGCAUACAAUUUUGCAUUAACAUUGCCCGAUGUAUUCAUUUCGAAUUACAAAUUAAAAAUUUAACAAAUACCGACGAUACAAAAAUGUUAAUUAAAAAAAAAAAUAAAUAAACAAUACAGAAUAAAAAUAUUCAGAUACAAUUUAUGCACGUUAUCAACUAUACUUGUAUUCACUCAACGCGAUCCGUUCGAAAAUUUUACAAAAAUUAUAACAAAUUAUCAUUCUUGACAUUGCGCCGCGCAAUGUUAAUUAAUAAUUAAAAAAAUCAUACACCGCGGGGGAAUCCCGGAAAUGCAAAAUUGUGGAGACGAUUCUAGCUUAUCUAGCUGUACAAUUUAAUUAUUAACUAAAUCCCUGGGGAGCGCGAUGUAACAAAAAAAAAAAAUAAACAAACAAAAAACAUAG